CCCCCAACCAUCCCCCGCCAUUUAACGCUCUCUGGAGGGGGUGUGUGAGGAGAACGGGUCUGGUUUUAAGUGGAAACCGGGUAACGUCAGUGGAAGUGCCGGAAAACGGGCCGCCGGAGGAAGCCCCGUCCCCGCCGACGCGGUCGCUGCUUCUGGCCUACGGCCCCGGACCGGCCGCGUCCCCGUGCCCCCCCGCCUUGCUCGGCCGUCGGGAGGGCCCGGCCGGCAGCGCGCCAUGCCGCUCUUCGGCAGCACCUUCAGCCCGAAGAAGACCCCCCCCAGGAAAUGCGCCUCUCUCUCCAACCUGCAUCUGCUGGAUAGAUCGACCCGUGAGAUUGAGCUGGGCCUGGAGUACGGCAUCCCCACCAUGAACCUCGCUGGCCAGAGCCUGAAGUUUGAAAACGGCCAGUGGGUGGCAGAAUCAGGAAGCUUCACGGGGGAUCGCAGGGAAAUGCAGCGCUUGCGGAAACGAAACCAGCAGCUAGAGGAAGAAAACAACCUCCUUCGGCUGAAAGUGGACAUUCUGCUGGACAUGCUCUCCGAGACCACGGCCGAGUCCCACCUGAUGGAGAAGGAGCUGGAGGAACUGAAGAGCCACAGCCGGAGGAGGAAGUGAAGAAGAAGUGGUGGCCGGAGGACGGGGAAGGCGAGGAGGCCGGCUGGGAGCCCCCUCGCCCUCUUGGUGCUGCGCAUAGGUACUUCGUUCCACGGCACCGCCAGGAGCGAGGUGCCUCUGCUGUCGUGUGGUGCUGCAGGUUGGAUGCCCCAGCGAGUCACGCCGCCACGCUGCUCGUUAACGCUGCCGCCACGCUGCUCAUUAAUGCUCGCCUUCAUUCUCUUGACCUCGACACCUUUCCUCACCCCAGCCCGGCAGCCGGUACCCCUUUUCCUAAGGUGGCCUGACAGCAGGCGGUGGGGAAGCUCCAUCUGCGGGGCGGGGGGUGGUCGCCUCCCUGCCUGCUCUGCUCCAAAGCGCAGGGAGACCCCCGACCCCCACGAAUCCCUCCCUUCGGGUGAGCGCGGCGGCUCCUACGAGCUUCCCUGCUCGCCUUUGGCCAGCAGCGUGGCGGGGGCGCUUCUUCUCAAGGGUUUUGCAUACUUUACAUUAAAAAAAUCUU